AGCAGACAAAGAGCUGCUCUCCAUCGCUACUCCUUCCCCCCCCUUUGCAUUCCUCCUCUAUUAAUUAUCUUGCACCUCCCAGAGAGGUCGAAGAAGCAGGGUGAACUCGGUGGAGGAGCCGAAUGCAGAAGAUGGGCGAGAACGGCGCCGCUAAGUACAACCAACGACCAACUUUUACUCCCAUGGAGGUCUCGGUUGAGCUCAGCCAUGGGAAUCAGCUCCAGGGACUCGGCAAGUGCUACGACGACGAUGGACGGCUUAAGAGGAGUGGAACCUUUUGGACGGCGAGCGCGCACAUCGUCACGGCGGUGAUCGGGUCCGGCGUGCUGUCGCUGGCCUGGGCCAUCGCGCAGCUCGGCUGGGUCGCCGGCCCCGUGGUCAUGCUCCUUUUCUCCUUCGUCACGUACUACACCUCGACUCUCCUUGCCGACUGCUACCGCUCCGGCGACCCGGACACCGGGAAGCGCAACUACAACUACAUGGACGCGGUCCAUGCCUACCUCGGUGGGCUAAAGGUCAAGCUCUGCGGAUGCAUCCAGUACGCCAACCUCUUCGGCGUCGCUGUUGGCUACACCAUCGCUGCUUCCAUCAGCAUGAUGGCGAUCAGGAGGUCUAAUUGCUUCCACGAGAAGGGGCACAAGAACCCAUGCCAUACCUCCAGCAAUCCUUACAUGAUCAUGUUCGGUGUCGUGGAGAUCUUCUUGUCGCAGAUCCCCGACUUCGAUCAGAUAUGGUGGCUCUCCAUCGUCGCCGCGGUCAUGUCCUUCACGUACUCGUCCAUUGGCCUCGCCCUCGGCAUCGUCCAAGCGAUCGACAACAAAGGUUUCAAAGGCAGCCUCACAGGAAUCAGCAUUGGCGUCAUCUCCCCAACACAAAAGAUUUGGCGCAGCCUCCAAGCUUUCGGCGACAUUGCCUUCGCCUACUCCUUCUCCCUCGUCCUCAUAGAGAUCCAGGACACUAUCAAAUCCCCACCGCCGUCCGAGGCGAAGGUGAUGAAGAAGGCUUCGCUGCUGAGCAUCAUCGUCACUACCCUUUUCUACAUGCUCUGCGGCUGCAUGGGCUACGCCGCGUUCGGGGACAAAGCGCCCGGCAACCUCCUCACCGGCUUCGGCUUCUACAACCCCUACUGGCUCCUCGACAUCGCCAACGCCGCCAUCGUCGUCCACCUCGUCGGCGCCUACCAGGUCUUCUCCCAGCCGCUCUUCGCCUUCAUCGAGAAGUGGGCCCUCAAGACGUGGCCGGACGCCACCUUCAUCUCCAAGGAGAUCGCCGUACCCCUCACCCCGACCAAGCGCUACAAACUCAGCCUCUUCCGCCUGGUGUGGCGCUCCGCCUUCGUGGUGCUGACCACCGUCAUAUCCAUGCUGCUACCCUUUUUCAACGACGUGGUCGGCCUGCUCGGCGCGCUCGGCUUCUGGCCAUUAACAGUCUACUUCCCGGUGGAGAUGUACAUCGUCCAGAAAAGGAUCCCCAGGUGGAGCACGAGGUGGGUGUGCCUGCAGAUGCUAAGCUCAGCUUGUCUCGUGAUCACCGUAGCAGCUGUCAUCGGAUCCGUCGCCGGAAUCGUCACCGACCUCAAGGUCUACCGGCCCUUCAAGACCAGUUACUGAAACUGACCACAUCAAAUCUAGAAGAAGAAGAAGAAAAAGAAGAAGAGAUGCAAUAGUGAUUAGGGCAUCAGAAGCUGCCCACUCUUGUGCAGGUGUUGCUGUUAAUACUGUUGUUGGUAGUAGUUCUUCACUUGAGGAACAUACGAAUUGAGACAACAAUGGCUUAUCUGUUUCAAUUUAAUUACUAGUUUUAAAUUCAAUAUAUGAAAUCUAUUAAUAAUC